AUGGUGACGGUAUUCGGGCUUGCGUGUGUUUCGGUCGCUGAGGUGGCCGCAGUCGCCUCGCCGGGUGGACUCCACGCUGACCAUGGCCGUGGUCUCGUCAUCUCCGGCCAACUAGCCGACGAGGGCGACCACACCCACGCCCUCGCGCUCAAGUGGAAUGCCCGCUCCACUGCACCGUACGAGCACGAGAUGCGCCUCUGCGGCGGGAACCAUCCGUGCGUUGAUUGUGGCGCGGUGCUCAUCGCAAGCGACGUGGCAAUCACGGCCGCACACUGCUUCAACUGGAAACCGAUGACGUGGUCGAAUGCCUACUACGGGGCUCCCAACACGGCCUCCGGCAGCGGGUGGUGGCUGAAGGUCAGCGCAUACAACCUGCGAGAACAUGACGAGGACGGCGUGCCCGGAGCACACGACGACCACUGCGACGGGUGGAUCGCGGUGGAAACUGUCACUCGCCACGAGUACUACGUCCAGGCGACAGACGAGAAUGACAUCGCGCUGCUGUUUCUCAAGCGCCCGGCCCCCUGUGCCGAGAGACAGAUCGUGAAGCUCGACUACCCUCGGUCCACGCCUAACUUUUGGCAGGGGGUCUAUGGCUGGGUUAUCGGAUGGGGUGACAGGAGCACUACCAGCUGGCGGAGUGACUAUCCGUAUCGGAAGCACGAGGUGAGCUUGCCCAUCAUGACGAAUUACGAGUGCCUCGAAGCGUACGGAAAUCUGCUCAAAGGCGCCGAGACUAUCAGCUCGGGCAUGAUUUGCACGGGCUCGAUCCAUGGCAAGGACGCGUGUGGCGGUGACUCAGGAGGUCCAUUGGUCAGUCCAUACCCUGAGGACGGCAAGCCCCUGCUCAUUGGAAUUGUGAGCUGGGGAAUCGGAUGCGGCAGGCAUCCGGGGGUCUACACGCGCGUCGCCUAUUAUCGCGACUGGAUCUCCCGUCACAGCCAGAUCGCGUCGCCGUCGCCCCCCGCCGUCAGCCCGCCUCCCCCGGGACCAGUGCCGGGGACGGGGACCGAUUUGGGCAUCGCCGUCCGCUGCUGUUCCGCGCGGGAGGACGGAGGGGAGGACUGUGUUGUGCCUGAAGAUUGCAAUGCUCUGCCAUACCCCGCGUCCUACAAUGACGCUUGGCGUUACUGCGACGCACGGGGACACACGCUGUGCGACCGCAGCUGCUCUGGCACAGGCUGCGGCUACGAUCUCAAACCUGUCAUUGUCGGCGCCUCUGUGGGCGGUAGCCUGUGCCUGCUGGCUUGCAUCGGAGCAAUCACCUAUGCCUUGAGGAAAGCGAUCCGCGAGCCCCGUGUCUUUGACAUGCAGAUGGAGAGAAUCACCGGUGGCCUAUGGCCCGACAACUUCGCAGAGCGGCAUACCGUCCAGGGAGAAGAGGGCGACGGUUUGGCGGAGGCCACGGAGCCGGUGUCCAAAGAGCAGUCGAUCACCUUCCGCGGGCAGAUCUUGCCUGCCGCCUCGGAUGGGCCGAGGAGCCAGGCUGUGUAA